AUGGAGGUUGAGAGAGUCCAAGUCAUUGCUUCCUUAAGCUCCCACACAAUCCCCGCGGAGUUCGUAAUGCCAGAGACCGAGCAGCCCGUCGCCACCACAUUCCGCGGCCCGAUCCCGGAGAUCCCCGUCAUAGAUCUGAGCGAUCCCGACGAGGAAAACCUAGUCCGCCGCAUUGCGGAGGCGAGCAAAGAGUGGGGUUUCUUUCAGGCGGUGAACCACGGCAUCCCUGCCGAGGUCAUACGCAGGCUGCAGGAGGCGGGGACGGAGUUUUUCGGGCUCCCGCAGGAGGAGAAAGAGGUUUACGCCAAGCCGGGUGAUGCCCAGUCCGCCGAAGGGUACGGCACCAAACACCAAAAGCUCGAGAAUGGAAAGAAACCAUGGGGUGAUCAUCUCUUCCACAGGAUAUGGCCUCCUUCUCGCAUUAACUGCCAAUUUUGGCCCAAAAAUCCUUCCGAUUACAGAGAGGCGAACGAGGAGUACACGAAGCAUAUACGAGGGUUUGCAGAUAAAGUAUUCAGGUGUCUAUCACUGGGGUUAGGGUUGGAAGCGAAUGCUAUGAAUGAGGCAUAUGGAGGGGAAGAGCUGGAGUACAUGAUGAAGAUCAAUUACUAUCCGCCGUGUCCGAGGCCAGAUCAAACAUUCGGAGUUCUCGCACACACUGACAUGUCGGCACUAACAAUUCUGGUUCCGAAUGAUGUUCCUGGUCUUCAGGUUCUCAAAGACGAACAUUGGAUCGACGCCAACUACAUCCCCUCUGCCAUUAUCGUACACAUGGGCGAUCAGAUUGAAAUUGCAAGCAAUGGAUACUACAAGAGCGUACUCCAUAGAACCACAGUGAACAAGGAGAAGGCAAGGAUGUCAUGGCCUGUAUUCUUAGAGCCACCACCGGAGUUCGUCGUCGGACCGAUUCCGCAGCUUCUGAACGAGCAAAACCCUCCAAAAUACAAGUCUAAGAUGUUCAAAGACUACGCUUACUGCAAGCUCAACAAACUUCCCCAGUGA